GCCGACCCGAUUGGAUUAUUUUUCGGAAUCAAACCAAUUGGAAGUGCGAAUCGCUGUGGCGCUGCAACAGAAAACAGAAAAGCCGCGCGAGUGCCGAAAGUGAUUUGUUUUUUUUAUGGUUUAGUGCUUGUUGUGUGCAGAUAGAAGGCAUCGUCAGAUAAAAAGUCGUCGCCAUUUUUGUCGUUGUCAAUUGACUUCCUUGCUAAGUUAGUUCGCGUUCGUUUCGUAUUUGUGCCGCUGCGGAAAAACGCCAUUGCCAUCGCCAUCGUCACCCCCAGAAUUAGGGGUUGCAAAAUUUCCGCAGCCACAGUAGCCCCCGUUCCCGUAGCCGUAGUAGCAGCGGAGGAAAAGUCGAAGAAAAGUGCACACUUUACGGUACGCGCUCCCCGCCCCGCUCCCGCUAAGUAAACACUGCCCCCUCAGACCAGACCAAAACAGAGCAGAGCAGAGCAGAGCACAGCAGAGCAGAGCAGCUUCGGUACGGACGGGGAAUCCUUGAGAGAAUCCUUUGCGCGUGCCAUGCGUGACCUCGGCACCAAAAUGGCCGAGCUUAAAUUCGAGGCUCCGUUGGCAAAGUUCGAGGAGACGGACGAGUGGGGCGCCUGUGACUUCAUCUCCAACCAGAAUGCCCUCAACGACACGCUCAAUCUGAAUCUCAAGGAUCAGGGAUCCGCCGCCGGUGUCGGCAAGCCUGAUGCGGCCAAGCUGCGCCUCCUCGAGGAUGCCGUUCGUGAUGCGCACGUAAGCAAGAACGGCGGCGGCGGUGGAGCUGGCUCCGGUUCCAUCAGUCCCAAUUGCAACACAAUGCAGGGCGGCACUGUCCUGGAUUUGGGCCUGUCCGAUGUGGGCCUAGUGCCCGGCGAGGGCGAUGUGCUUGGCAUGGACAAGCGCUCACUGGCCGGCGGUGACCAUGUGGACAAUUUCACGGAGACCUUCGGCGGCAGUCUGGAGGAUCUGGUCAACACAUUUGACGAGAAGAUAACCAAGUGUUUCGGCAACUACGAGGCCAACGUUGAGGAGCUGGCUCCGGUGCAGGUGCGCAGCCAGGAGGAAAUCAUGAACGAAUGCCAAAUGUGGUGGACCAUCACGGGCAACUUUGGCAAUAUACUGCCCAUUGACUGGUCCAAGUCGUACACCCGUCAGAUGCACAUGCCCACAUUGAACCUGGGCCAGAGCCACACUAAGCAGCAGCAGCAGGCACGAAACCAGCAGCAGCAGCUGCUCCAUCAGAGCCACCAGGCGAAUUCACAGAGCAACGGUUCGGGUUCGGGAUCGGGAUCGGGCCUGGAUGCCCAGACACCAGGAGAUGAGUUCAACGAUUUGACCAGUGAGGAUGAAGCGGUGGCCAAUGAUCUGGAUAUGCAUGCCCUGAUCCUGAACGGUCUAAACAACGAUCUUGACGACCAGCCCAUCAAGACCGUCGAGGAGGUGAUCAAGGAAAUUGACGACAUUAUGGAUGAGGCAGAGAGCCCGCUGGACGAGCCAGAGACCUGUGAGUCGGAGGUCAUUGAGAAGGCGCGAGAGGUUCUUGGAGCGCCACUCUAUGCGGAAAAACUGCAAUAUCUGACCACGACACAGCUGAACGAGCUGUACAUGGAGAUGGAGGUGCUGAUCCAGGAGCUGAGCGAGACGCUCAUCAAUGAGCUGGCCCUGCGUGACGAGCUGGAGUUCGAGAAGGAGCUGAAGAACUCGUUCAUCUCACUGCUCCUCGCUGUCCAGAAUAAACGGCGUCAGUAUCACGUAGAGAAGAAGCGCGGCAAGUUCCAAGGUCCAGAGCCCAAGUACUUGACCACUGUCAUUCCGUAUCACCUGGAGAACGGCACGCCCAAUAAUCAGUCACUGCAGGUCCUGAUCAAAAUUCUCAAGGCCAUUAACGAGGACAGCCCCACAGUGCCCGCCCUCCUCACGGACUACAUACUGAAGGUGCUGUGCCCCACAUAAGCGCCAGCAUUUCAGCCAUAGUCGCCGAGGAAUCCCAGCUAUUAUCGCUCUAUCUCUCUGUCUGUGUUUAUAUACAAUUAUACCGUGCAUCUAUAUACAACGUGCAUAUACACACAACACAACACAACACACCACACACACAACAUACACUUAACUUAAAUAUUAUAGGUCGUACUUUAUGUUAUUAUUUAAAUGCAAUCCGUGUUACUUCUCCCCUUUGGCUUGAGGGGACUCGAGCAGGAGAAGAUUUAGCACAGGCGCGGGCUCGUUUGGUAGAGCUGAUUGCUUUCAAAUCCAUUGGCAGACCCGAUAGAACAAAUAUGCAAUAAAAUAUAUACAUGUAACACAUAUUAUAUAGACACAUAAAACAUAUAUCUAACGAAAUAUUUAUGGAGAGAGCGCUAUAGUUAUAGCUCAUUGUAGCCAGUCCUCCCAUGGCAAUAAUACUCACUUCUCCGCCUAUGUAUCUCUACCAAUAAGUCGAAUCGAAGGCAAUCGAGGAAGACGUUUAACUCUAAAGCCGACUCCAACUAAGCUUAAUAUAUACAUAUACGCUAUGUGUGUCAUCUUGAGACGCUUGAUCGCUAGCCAGGAUCGGGCCAAUUUACUGCUUGCAUUAUGUUUGGCAGCCAAUCCAUAGUUUGUACAAUAUGUAACUUGUGUGUAAUAUAUAUUAAAUAUGACUUGAUUGUAAGAAUCCGCCUGCCGCCGUUUCCAAAUGUGUUCCGCGUCGGAACUCUCGCGCCCUUGAAGGCGGAGGGGAACAAUGUCAGGAUCCAAAUCCGCUCUAAGUUUCGUCACAGUAAUUUACGGAGUUUUAUUGUUUUUUUAUUGUUUACUUUUUUUUAAUCGAGGCCAUAAAAUGCGUUCUGUUUUUUAAAAUGUUUUGUCAAAUGUAAUUGCUGGAAACAUAAGUGUAAUUUUAAUUUGCAUAGAAAACGCUGUGUUAUUUACUUUUACCAAAACAAGCAUAAAUACAAUUAAUUAUAACUAUAUAAAAAUAAU